AUGUCCUACGACUGCUACGCUGCCAUCUGCAAAGCCCUGCACUACGGGACCCUCCUGGGCAGCAGAGCUUGUGUCCACAUGGCAGCAGCUGCCUGGGCCACUGGGUUUCUCAAUGCUCUGCUGCACACGGCCAAUACAUUUUCACUGCCCCUGUGCAAGGGCAAUGCCCUGGGCCAGUUCUUCUGUGAAAUCCCCCACAUCCUCAAGCUCUCCUGCUCACACUCCUACCUCAGGGAACUUGGGCUUAUUGUGGUCAGUGCCUGUUUGGCAUUUGGCUGUUUUGUGUUCAUUGUGGUGUCCUAUGUGCAGAUCUUCUGGGCCGUGCUGAGGAUCCCCUCUGAGCAGGGACGGCACAAAGCCUUUUCCACCUGCCUCCCUCACCUGGCCGUGGUCUCCCUGUUCCUCAGCACUGCCUUGUUUGCCCACCUGAAGCCCCCCUCCAUCUCCUCCCCAUCCCUGGACCUGGUGGUGUCAGUUCUGUACUCAGUGGUGCCUCCAAGAGCACUUUCAGUGCCUUUGAAGAUGAUGCAAACCUGUGUGGAGGCCCUGAGCAACCUCACCUGGUUCACCCUGAGCAGGAGAGUGAGACAAGAAGAGUGA